AUGUCAAAGCCAAAAGGGGUUACAAGGAGUCCUUUGACAAAAGGAAUGGCUAGAGAGAAUUACCAAAGCUACAGCCGGGAGACUGGGUCAGAGCCAAACUGGAGAAUGAGAAGCAGUGGACCACAGAAGCUGAGGUCGUCAGUGAAGACCAAAGUCCCAGGUCAUACAUCAUAGACACUGGUGGUCGAAGGUUGCGAAGGAAUCGUAGGCAUCUUGGAAAGGUCCCUACACCCGCUCAUCAUGACACAUCAGGGGACGAGUCCCCAAUUCCGGAUAUCAAUGGUGAGCCUACUCCCAAGCUUGUCCAGGUGGAGGAUACCAACGUUCCUGAAAGCAGCAACACCAGCCCUUACAAAAGAGAUCAGAUCGCGAUUCCAGAAAAGAGAACCUCAAGUGGUAGACUUGUUACGAAACCUAUUCGUUAA